UGACGAGUAACAUACUGUAGUAUCGCAUCCUCACACUAGGCUGUUAGUGGGCAAGAUCAUCUUCAGGCGCUAGAAACCAACAAGCUUUCGCCGGUGACUCGACGGCCCUAAGACGGGGAUUGUUUGCCAUGACAUUGAAGCGGUCAGUCGCAGGGCUCGUGUAUGCAAUUGCAAGACCAUGGCCAAGAUAUUCUUAAAAUAAAAGUUGACUUCAACAUAAUAUUCUUCUCGUAGGCAUUCAUCUUGGAGCCGUACUUGAUUUCGUUCCAACGCCUGAUAUCUUUUGAAUCAUAUUAUCCCACCAUGUCGACACCCGCCCAACCAUCUGCUGCAGAUAGCCCUGAGACGGAAAAGCAGAAGUCUGACAAGGGCGAAAUUGGUCCCGUCAAUGCCACUUCAUCAGACGAUUUGGACAAAGAGCAACCACAAGUUACAGACGAUGGCGAACCAGUCAACCUCAAUCACAUCGAUGGCCGCUCUCAAGGCAAGAUCGCCCUGAUUAUGCUGGCCUUGUGCCUGGCUGUCUUCCUCGGCGCUCUAGACGUAACCAUCGUCACUACGGCCCUUCCUACAAUCAGUGACCACUUCCAGUCAAGUACAGGCUUCACAUGGAUUGGUUCUGCGUUUCUGCUCGCCAAUGCCGCAUCAAUCCCGUCAUGGGGCAAGAUCUCAGACAUAUUCGGCCGCAAGCCCAUGCUCCUGCUUGCCAACGCCAUCUUCAUGAUUGGAUCUCUUAUCUGCGCUGUCUCCAACAACAUUGGUAUGCUCAUCGCUGGCCGCGCUGUUCAGGGUCUUGGUGGGGGUGGUUUGACCAUUCUUGUAAAGAUUGUUAUCGGCGACAUCUUUCCUCUGAACAUUCGGAGUGUUUUCUAUGGUGUCAUCGGCGGUGUUUGGGCAGUCGCUGCGGCAACAGGUCCGGCCAUUGGUGGUGCGUUUACUGAGAAGGUGUCAUGGCGAUGGUGCUUUUACAUCAACCUCCCUCUUGACGGUUUUGCCUUCCUCAUUAUCCUCUUUUUUCUCGAUCUCCACACACCACGGACACCGCUCAUUGAAGGCCUCAAAGCUAUCGACUGGGUGGGCUCUUUUUUGGUAGUUGCCGGCACGCUCAUGUUCCUCUUCGGUCUUGAAUACGGCGGUGUUUCAGCACCUUGGAACUCGGUUGAAGUUAUCUGCCUUCUCGUCUUUGGCCUGCUCACCUGGGCGCUUUUCAUCUUCUGGGAGGCGCGUUACGCCACACUUCCUGUUAUGCCAAUGUCCUUGUUCAGAAACGUGAGCAACGCCGCGACCCUCUUCUGCGUCUUCAUUCAAGGAGUCGUCUUUAUCUCGGCAUCCUUCUUCCUCCCGCUCUACUUUCAGGCCGUGCGUGGAAACACCCCUAUCGAGUCAGGUCUUUACGUUCUCCCUACCGCUCUCUCGCUCUCCUUUGGGAGUCUCGCGACCGGAUGGCUGGUUGCGAGAACCGGUUGGUACAGACCGCCCAUCAUUUUCGGGUUGUUCAUGAUGACCCUCGGUUUUGGCUUGUUCAUCGACCUGGACGCCUACAGUGGCUGGGCAAAACUUGUUCUCUACCAGCUUGUGGCAGGUGUGGGCGUUGGCCCCCUCUUUCAAGCGCCUAUCAUCGCCCUCCACGCACAUACUGAACCUCGUGAUGUCGCAACUGCCACAUCAACCCUCGGCUUCAUCCGUCAGAUUGCCCAGGCCAUCUCUGUUGUUAUCGGCCAGGUGGUCUAUCAAAACGAAAAACUCAAACAGUAUCCAGUCCUGGUCGCCGCUGGCAUCUCCCCUGCUCUGUCAAGGGUCCUUUCUUCCGGAGAGGCUGGUGGCGCUGACAUCGACAUCAUUGCGAACCUUCCGUUAGACCAACGCGACGCUGUCCGUGUUGCUCUGGCAGACUCUCUCGAACCCAUGUGGAUCAUGUACACUUGUAUUACGGCCGCUGGCUUACUCGCUUCCUUCCUGAUCCGGAAGAAGGAGUUGGCUCAUGUGCAUGUAGAGACCAAGACUGGGUUGGAAGCUGAACGUGAGAAUGCGGAGGCUCGACGUCGUGAGCGUGAAAUGAGGAAGGAGAAGAAGGGGGCAUCACCGGCUUGAUAUGUUGGUAGUUUACAGGAUAGAGGAUGGGGCACUGCUGCGUUGCGUGCACCACCAAUUCUCUGUGUAAACAGAGCAGCUGUUCCAAGUGUUCUAUAUGGAGUACUUGGGGUAGAUUUGCAGAUACCUCACCAUAGAGCACCCCCUGAACCUCUGACUCCCC